UACUCGCGAAAUUCCCAAUGCGGUCUCCUUCCUUUCCUGUCCAGUUACUGAAUCCCGGCGAAUCAAAUUCGACCAGAGAAGCACAAAGCAGGAUUAGAGAGAAUUGUGAGGAUGAAGUCGAGGGCGAGCUCGAGUUCGAGCUCCAUCUCAUUUUUAUCUUGUAUCGAAUUGAUUGCUGCAGUGAGUCUACUAGUCACCUGCUCAGAGUCGGUUCAGCAACCUUUCCGAAGGGACACCGGUCAUCCGCACUGGCAUCACGGGGCCUUUCUUGAUGUCCGAGAAAGUGUUCGAACCGAUGUUCGCCGGAUGCUCCAUACGCGCGCCGAGGUACCGUUCCAGGUUCCACUUGAAGUGAAUGUAGUACUAAUUGGUCUGAAUGGUGAUGGAGGCUACCGAUAUACUGUAGACUCACAUAAACUGGAAGAGUUCCUGAGAGUUAGUUUCCCAUCACACAGACCAUCGUGCCAGGAGACAGGCGAGCCCCUUGAUAUCGAGCAUCAUGUCGUCUUUAACGUGUUCCCUUCUGGGCAACCAGAAGUGAUAGCACUAGAGAAGGCAGUGAAAGGCGCCAUGGUUCCUGCUGGGACUGCAAGAGAGGCUGAUUUUGGAAGAGAGGUGCCCUUGUUUGAGGUGGAUGCGACAGCUAUGGAGUUCGAAUUUCAUAAGCUUUAUUCUUACAUAUUUGACAUGGAUACUGGAGGAUAUUCUGCUGUAGAAAUGGAUAGACCUGUGCCAAGCGCAAUAUUUCUUGUUAACUUUGAUAAGGUAAGAAUGGAUCCUAGGAAUAAGAACAUUGAUCUAGACAAUUUGAUGUUUGCCAAACUUACUGACUUAAGUGAUGAAGACCUGAAAAAACAAGAAGGGGAUUAUAUUUAUCGCUAUAGAUAUGGUGGAGGUGGAGCAUCUCAAGUUUGGUUGGCCUCUGGCAGAUUUGUUGUGAUUGAUCUCUCUGCUGGGCCCUGCACAUAUGGGAAGAUAGAAACUGAGGAGGGAAGUGUUAGCCCCAGAACAUUGCCAAGGAUCCGAAACGUGAUGUUUUCAAAAGGUUUGGGCGCUGUCAAUGACCAUAUUACCCAUGAGAUUUUUGUUGGACAACUUGCUUCAUUGAUAUCAACCACAGUGGAGCAUGUAAUUGCUCCUGAUGUUAGGUUUGAAACUGUUGAUCUAACAACAAGGUUACUCAUACCAAUAAUUGUUCUCCAAAACCAUAAUCGGUACAAUAUCAUGGAGAAAGGCCAUAAUUACAGCAUAAAUAUUGAAGAAAUUGAAGCCGAAGUGAGGAAGUUGGUUCAUGAUGGACAAGAAGUUGUAAUUAUUGGGGGUUCACAUGCAUUACACCGGCAUGAAAAGUUGGCUAUUGCUGUGUCAAAAGCCAUGCGCGGCCAUUCUCUUCAAGAAACUAAGAAGGAUGGGCGUUUUCGCGUUCAUACCAAAACAUACCUAGAUGGUGCUAUUCUUAAAGAAGAAAUGGAAAGGUCUGCAGAUGUGCUUGCUGCUGGUUUACUUGAAGUGGCUGACCCAGCCCUUUCGAGUAAAUUUUUCCUCCGACAGCACUGGAUGGAUGAAUCCGAAGUUUCAAGUGAUUAUGUAAAGCAUAAACCUCUUUGGGCAACUUAUGAUUCAAGACAUGUCAAAGGGAAGAAGAAGAAAAAGCAAAAGAAAGAAGGAGAUCUGUUUCGGACUUAUGGAACAAGAGUUAUUCCUGUCUUCGUCUUAUCAUUGGCUGAUGUUGAUCCAAACCUUAUGAUGGAGGAUGAGAGCCUUGUAUGGACAAGCAAAGAUGUUGUCAUAGUACUUCAGCAUCAAAAUGAUAAGAUACCUCUGAGUUAUGUUUCCGAAACAGAGAGAAGGCAUGCUAUUCCAUCACAGGCACAGCGCCAUAUAUUGGCAGGAUUGGCCUCAGCUGUGGGUGGAUUGCGUGCACCGUAUGAAAAGGUUUCUCAUGUCCAUGAGAGGCCCAUUGUGAAUUGGCUCUGGGCAACUGGUUGUCAUCCAUUUGGACCAUUUUCUAAUACUUCUCAGAUCAGUCAAAUGCUUCAGGAUGUCGCUUUGAGAAACACAAUUUAUGCACGCGUUGAUUCAGCUCUUCGCAGAAUCCGUGAUACUUCAGAGGCUGUUCAAACAUUUGCUUCUGAAUAUCUUAAAACUCCAGUGGGUGAGCCUGUGAAGGGCAAGAAGAACAAAUCUACAACUGAGCUAUGGUUGGAGAAAUUCUAUAAAAAGACAACAAACUUGCCAGAACCUUUUCCUCAUGAAUUAGUUGACCGUUUGGAGAAAUAUUUAGAUAGCCUUGAGGAGCAACUUGUUGAUCUAUCCUCGUUGUUAUACGAUCACCGAUUGCAAGAUGCCCAUUUAAACAGUUCGGAAAUUCUUCAAAGCUCCAUGUUCACCCAGCAGUACGUAGAUCGAGUUCUGGCUGCAGAAAGGGAGAAAAUGAGAUGCUGCGAGAUUGAGUACAAGUAUCCCGUCCAAUCCUCUCAAACUUUCAUUUACGGGGGUAUUCUUUUGGCCGGAUUUUUCGUAUAUUUUGUUGUCAUUUUCUUUGCAUCUCCCGUGCGUUGAUCGGUGAAAAAUUCUCGCUGAAGUGGCACAAUUUUGCGAAAUUGACUUACUCUGAAAAAGACGGUAGACCAAAUAGAAUCUGAAACAGAACGGGUGAAGAAUUGAGUUUGAGUUGUUUUUAUUUGUUUAUAAUUUACGAAAGUAUUUAGGCUCUAUCUGAGAAAUGAGUUACGGAAUGAUUUCAUUUAUAGCAAAUUAUAAACUCUUAUGGAGUGUCUGGGAGUUGCUGGGGAAGAGAGAAAGGAUAUCAGGCUAUAUAGUAAGGGAAUAUAUGUCACUUACAACAGAUUAUAAA